AUGCUGCAUCACCUAGCUCUCACUGGUGUAUCCUGGAUGUUCUCCUGCCUGAUGUUUUUAUCUCAGGUGCAAGGUGAAGACUCCCAGAAGGAAUUGCCCUCUCCAUGUAUUAGCUGCCCCAUGGGCUCCAAGUCCUAUCACUCCCACUGCUAUGCCCUGGUUAUGACACCCAAAUCUUGGUAUCAAGCAAAUGUGAGUGCAGAAAUAAGACACCUUGGGUCCAUUCUUAGUGGAGCCGAGGCUUCCUUUGUGUCCUCCCUGGUGAAUGGCAGAGUGAAUAACUGCAAAGAAAUCUGGAUUGGACUCCAUGAUCCCACAAUGGGUAAAGAAUCCAAUGGACGUGGAUGGGAGUGGAGUAACUCUGAUGUGCUGAGUUACUUUAACUGGGAAGGAAAUCCUUCUUCUGUUGUAAACCGUGGUCACUGUGGGAGUCUGACAGCAACCUCAGGGUUUCUGAAGUGGGGAGACCAUCACUGUGAUGGGGAAUUCCCUUUUGUUUGCAAGUUCAAGCAGUAA